GAGAGAGAGAGAGAGAGAGAGGCCAUGCCAAAAAGAAGCAUGGUUUCACACCCAGUGCCUCAAGGUUCUCUCUAACGAGCGGAGGUGCAGCACUGGUGUCGCUACUUUCCUCAUCCAUAAAGCCACCGUUAAAUGUCGACAAACACCACAACGUUGCCCUGCACCUCCGUGCCCAACCAUCGAUAAGCUUUGGACGCGGAGGGCUCUAUUUUUACAUGUCGAAACAGGGGAAGUAUUCCCCACUGUGAGCCACAUUGCCACCUGCACAUAAAGUGCCGUUGGGCACCUCACGCCACCCUAAGCCACCACUCUGCAUCUCGGAACGAGAGGAGGCUUUUACAAAACGACCCCUGAAGAAAAAGAUGGAGAAUUUCUCGCGGAUAGAGUUUCCAAGUACUUUCAGGUGCUGACUGAUAAACCCUUCCUAAACCCUAGUUUUAAGCAAAAGCAAAAAGACCGCAGACUUCAGUGAAGGGGCCUGGCUCUCGAGUCUCUCCGACUCUCCAUCUCUAUCGUUUUUUGGUUUCUUUUUCGCUUUCUCAGAUGGCGAAGCGUUUGAUCCCACUACUGAAUCGCGUUUUGGUCGAGAAAAUCGUCCCUCCGUCCAAGACCCAUGCCGGCAUUUUGCUUCCCGAGAAAGCCACCAAGCUUAACUCUGGAAAAGUUGUGGCGGUGGGUGCUGGGACUCAUGAUAAAGAGGGGAAAUUGAUACCUGUCAGUGUAAAAGAAGGAGAUACUGUCCUCUUGCCUGAAUAUGGAGGAACUCAAGUGAAGCUUGGUGACAAAGAGUAUCAUCUGUAUCGGGAUGAUGAUAUAUUGGGAACGCUGCAUGAUUGAGGGGUAACAUGGCCUGUGAUACUUUGAAAUAGUUCAUGAGACAUCGUGGUAGAUCCCAGUCAUUUGCUGGCAAGUGGUAGUUCUACCAACCACCCAAAAAAAAAAAAGAAAAUGUAGUUCUACGGUUUUACCUUGUGCUGCAAUUGAGCAGGUCCAUUCUGUUUUGGGUUUUUUCAUCGGAUGAAAGUAAUAUGUACUUUUCUGUUAUCUUAGAAAUGAUAUCCAUGAAAAUAAAUCAAUAUCUCUUGCUUCAA